AUGCCCGUCACGCUCGCCAUCCACGGCGGCGCGCACUUCUUCGGCAGCACCAACACGCACCGCUACUGGUACUGGCGGCUCGCCCGCAAGACCGAGGGUCGCCUGUUCUCGGUCGACUACCGCCUCAGCCCUCAGUUUCCCUUUCCCUGUGCUUUACACGACUGCCUCGCCGCCUACCUGUACCUGAUCCGGCCGCCGCCCGGCGCCAAGCACCGCGCUGUCGACCCGGCGAGGAUCACCAUCUGCGGCGACUCGGCGGGCGGUACCCUCGCCGUCGCGCUCCUGUGCCUCAUCCGCGACGCAGGCUUGCCGGCGCCAGCAGGAGCCAUGCUCAUCUCGCCCUGGGUCGACCUCACGCACAGCUUCCCGUCCAUCCUCCAGAACACCGCCACCGACAUCCCUCCGCCCUACGGCUUCAGCAUCUUCAAGCCCUCAACCCUGUGGCCUCCUCCGCCGCCCGAGUUCCGCAAGCGUGCCGCCGAGAGGAGGGCCCAAGACGCGUACCGGCGGCGAGCAGAACAAGGCCGAGCUCGCGCACGUCAUCAAGGUCACCGUCGACGGCCAAGAGGUCGAGCUCGUCGACCAGAUCCAGCUCUACGCGACCAACGAGCAGGUGCGCUCGCUCCCCUCCCUGUCUCUUUGUCACUCGAAGCGUCCCUGACUUCCGUCUCGCCCUCGCAGCUCGCCUACGCCUACGUGAGCCCGAUCUGGCAGCCGAGCCUCGGCGGCCUACCGCCGCUCUACAUCCAGGCCGGCGACAAGGAGGUCCUGCGCGACGAGAUCGUCUUUCUCGCACAUCGUGCUGCGCACCCGGACCGGUACCCUGUGCGCGAGAGCAUCCUCAAGCAGAACGCGGCUCGGACCGAGAAGGCCAAGAGCUACCCGUCGACCAAGGUCCACCUGCAGAUCUACGACGAGGUCUGCCACGACCUGCCGCUCUUCUCGUUCACGACGCCGGCCAAGUACUGCUAUCGCGCCAUGGCCUCGUUCGCCAAGUGGGUCACGACGCCUGCGGGCGAGCAGCCUGGGGCCGUCCCGUCCGCCGGCAUGCGCCUUCCCAAGACGAUCUACUCGGGCACGCAGCCGUUCAACCGGCCCGACUACGUCGACAACAUGAUCCGCGAGCGCGUGUCGAUGACGGGCGUCGUGCGGCCCAUGGAGCCCGAGAGCGAGAUGAGCAUGUUGCAGCUCGAUCCCGAGGACAUCGGCCUCAUCAAGGAGGAUGCCGCUCGUCGGUAC